AUGUGGCUUCUCUUUCGAGGUGCAUGCCCCCUCCGGAUCUUGCUGCCACUGUGUGGCGAGUGGAUGGGUCGGAGGGGCCUGCCCAGAAGCAUGGCCCCAGGCCCUCCUCGCAGAAAGUACAGGAAGGAGGCUCUUCCAGCCCUGGAGGUGCCAGUGUUGCCUGUAACCACAACCAAAAUCCGCCAGUAUUUGCGGUCACAUGGAAUCCCCUUCCAGGAUGGCCACAGUUGUUUCCGAGCACCAAGCCCCUUUGUGGCGUCCCCUGAGGUCAAAGAUCAAAAGGGUCCUACCACGUCCUUCACUCUCUUCAUCGACAAGACCACAGGAUGCUUUCUCUGUAUGACCAGCCUAGCAGAGGGGAGCUGGGAAGACUUCCAGGCCAGUGUGGAGGGACAAGGGGAUGGGGUCAAAGACGGCUUCCUGCUUAGUGAGGCACCAGAAGCUGAGGACAUUGAAAAGGUGCGGAGGAUCUGGGACCGAGCUAUACCUCUGUGGGAGUUACCUGACCCCAAGGAGGCCCAGCUGGCUCGAGUGAUGUUUGGCCUUACCAAAGUGACAGAUGACACACUCAGAAGGUUCAGCGUUCGGUAUCUUCGAUCUGCUCGAAGUCUGGUCUUCCCCUGGUAUACCCCUGGUGGUACUGGAUUACGUGGCCUGAAGCUACUAGGGGCUGAAGGCCAGGGGGAUGGCGUGCACUAUGUGGAGACCACCAUUCCCUGGCCUGGUGCCUACCACAACCUGUUUGGAUUACCACUGAUCAGCCAUCGAGAUGCAGAGGUGGUCCUAACAAGUCGUGAGCUGGAUAGUAUGGGCUUGAGCCAGUCUACAGGCCUACCUACCCUUGCCCUACCCCGGGGAACAGUCUGCUUGCCUCCUGCCUUACUGCCUUACCUCGAACAGUUCCGAAGAGUUGUGUUCUGGCUAGGGGAUGACCUUAGAUCCUGGGAAGCUGCUAAACUGUUUGCCAGAAAACUUAACCCCAAGCGAUGCUCCUUGGUAAGGCCUGGAAAUGAGCAGCCCCGGCCCCUGGAGGCCCUGAACCGAGGUUUAAAUCUUUCUCGUAUUCUUCGUACCGCCCUCCCUGCUUGGCACAAGUCUAUUGUGUCUUUUCAGCAGCUCCGUGAGGAGGUACUAGGAGAACUGUCAAAUGUGGAGCAAGCAGCUGGGGUCCAUUGGAGCCGCUUCCCAGACCUUAAUCGUCUAUUGAAGGGGCAUCGGAAAGGCGAGUUGACAGUCUUUACAGAGCCAACAGGCAGUGGAAAGACUACAUUUAUCAGUGAAUAUGCCCUGGAUUUGUGUACCCAGGGGGUGAACACACUGUGGGGUAGCUUUGAGAUCAGCAAUGUGAGAUUAGCCCGGGUCAUGCUGACCCAGUUUGCUGUGGCGCGGCUGGAAGAGCAACUUGACAAAUACGAAGAGUGGGCAGACCGCUUUGAGGACCUGCCCCUCUACUUCAUGACUUUCCACGGGCAACAGAGUAUCAGGUCUGUAAUAGACACAAUGCAACAUGCUGUGUACGUUUAUGAUGUUUGUCAUGUGGUCAUCGACAACUUGCAGUUCAUGAUGGGUCAUGAGCAGCUCUCCACAGACAGGAUUGCAGCUCAAGACUACAUUGUGGGGGCCUUUCGGAAGUUUGCAACAGACAACAGUUGCCAUGUGACCCUGGUUAUUCACCCCCGGAAGGAAGAUGAUGACAAGGAAUUGCAAACAGCAUCCAUUUUUGGCUCAGCCAAAGCAAGCCAAGAAGCAGACAACGUUCUGAUCCUGCAGGAUAGGAAGCUGGUGACCGGGCCAGGGAAACGGUAUCUGCAGGUAUCCAAGAACCGCUUUGAUGGUGAUGUUGGUGUCUUCCCACUAGAGUUCAACAAGAGCUCCCUCACCUUCUCCAUCCCACCAAAGACCAAAGCCCGCCUCAAGAAGAUCAAGGAUGAUAGUGGACUAGUGGCCAAAAAGUCCGCCUCCAGCAAAAAGGGGGCUAUGACUCAGAAUUCUGAGACUGGCUUAAGCCAGGACUUCAAUCCCAACCAGCCAGAUACCUCUAAGCCUUCAAGGUGAAGGUAGUGCAUUACUGCUCACUGAAACUUGCCUGAUCGAACAGGCUAGGCACAGACUCUUAAAUCUUCUGAAAGGGCUCCUCUUUCCUGUAGUACUGAGCUAAGGUGCCUUCAGCCUAGGGCUACG